AUGAAGAAGGGUGCAGCCCAAUACGAGGUGCCUAUGACCCGGUUCGGGGGUAUGCUGCAGCUGGAGGAUCUUCGGCGUCACGGAGAGUCGGAUGGGCACAUUCGGAGCUUGGAGAAGCUGGGACAGCCAGCUGCAUCGCCCAGGGGGAGCGAGGAGGACAAGGCAGUGCCGACACCAGCGCAAGUGCGCCUGGCGCUUGAAGUCCUGCGGAUGCCUAGCAGCGCGCAGGGUAGGUCCUACGAAGCUCGGUGCGAACUGGCGGGGCGAGCCGAUUGCAGGAACUUUCCUGCGGGUCGCUCCUGCGCGACCGAGCACGCGCGAAUCAUCAGGACAGUUGCAGAGGUGUACACUGUGGAUGGCGAAAAAGCUGAGGGACUGGCUGGGCGCUUUGCUGCCGCCACAGGCUCAGAUGGAAGCGGUUCACCGCCAGCAGCGUGUACCAGCCUCGCAGCCAAGGUACUGACGCCCAGCAACAUUCGGCUGCUUGCACUGACGACGGAGUGGCUCAGCUUGGUGUCUCCAUUCGUUCAUGAGUACGACAGGGGCGCCGCAAAGUCAGAGUCCGCGCCGACCUCUUCCACAGCUCGCAUAUCCAACUGCUCCAGGUUGUGCGAGAAUCUGAAGCAGGACGCUGUAGACUCACUUGUGCGGAUGCUGCGUUCCAAUGAAUUACUGCUUGGGUUCACACAGGAUCUCAAUCGCACCUUUGCCUUCAAGUCCUUGGACGGCUCCACCGCCCAACGGCCUCUGGUUCUCAAUAGCAAUUACACGUCCGGGUACCUUCAGAUAGCCGAGCAGCAGAUGAAAGCUUUGAGCAUCUUAGCCUACAAUGAUAAGAAAACUUCUUGCUGUGAGAACGCUUGGGCGUCUGCAAUUCGCAUGAUAAUAAGCUGCCCAAGGCAGCAGCUCGGACAUUGCCGUGUACCAGGAUGGUCGCCUAUUGUUUCACUACGAAGGCUCGCGAACCCUAAACCCUAG